AUGCUGCGACGGAUGAUUUAUCACCGUCGCGAGAAUUUGCACAGUUUUGUGGCGAGCAAAUUCAUUCACCUGCGUGUGCGUGGCACCAGACUAAAUAUGGGCAACGCAUACAAUUUCAGGGAGAUGGUCAGACAGGAUGCGUAUGAUCCCGUUCAUUGGUUUUGA